AUGGGGCAGUAUUUCAUGUUCCUAAAUCUGACUCGUAGAGAAGCAGGAGGAUAUGGUGGAAAGUUUGGCGAAGAUUUUGGGUGCAAUUACAACGCUGUCGCCAAAAACCUGAGCAAACCGACAUUCCCAACAAAGCCACCGAAGGAAGUUGCCUCAUUCCCCAACGCACACCGCUCACAUCUGGGGCUGCUCGCUUCCGUCCCCACCGAGCUCAUCGACAUCAUCUUCGGUUUCCUCUUUGUACCGCAACACGUCGCGCAUUUUGCUGCUGCGCACCCGUUGUUGGGCUCACAAGGUUUCUCUCGGAUCGUCCGUAUUCGCGCUGAGAUACUCGGAGGCAUCACCUGGCACUGCAGCCGUGUUGUGCUUGUCGGAGACUACCUAUGGCGCGCUCAGAACGUCGACGGCCUACUCCCAGACGACUUGCGUACAGACAUGGUAGCGCUCGGGGAAGAGCUCCAAACCGGAGAGGAAGGCCCGGACGAUCGGGACCCUUUUUCUCUCUACGACUUUGCCAGGACUCACUUCCGUGGCGUCAAGUACAACGACGUCGGUCCCUUGUCAGCACUCCAGAACAUUGAGGACAAGUUGGUCCGGGCCGGGCUCUCUUGGGCGCAACUCCGCACCGCAAAUCGUAUGGAUCGUACGGACAGUAUGCGCGUAGACAGGAUGCUGAGCAGUUCCCAACCUACUCUCCCGCCUUGCCAUACAUCCGUCUUGUGCAAUAUGACGAAGCGACAAUGCGUACGCGCUCAAGUCCUGCGUCGCGUCCGGUUGGAUGGCUACUAUGGCAACACCAAAACGGGCGACGGUGACGAUUCUGACUCCGACGAGGACCAGAACCCACACCCUAGCAGCCUUUCCAUCGGAUUGACCGUGUUCUUCCUAACGGUGUGCUCCGACGAUUGGUGCUUCAUCCCGCCGUAUGACGGGAAGGAGGAUGAUCCCCUUUUCAAGGAGAUGCGCACAGUCGUCGGCAAAUGGGCGGGUGAUAGUCUUGGGGUCUUUGGGCCAGAGGAUGUAGAGCAAGACAUGGUAGACGUGUCCGAAGAGGUUGCUCAUAUCGUCGGAAAGUUCCUGCAGGAAGAGGGGUAUUCGAAGUAG